AUGGUGAGACCGGGCCAUCUGCUUCUGCUCUGUGAUUCCACCGAAGUCAAUGUAGUAUCGUCGGUGUUCAACUUCUUGACAGCCACCUUGGUAAGUCUUCUAUUUCAGUGUUAUCUCGUUUUAGGUGGUUUUUUGAUGUUUAAUAUCUUUUUUGAAGUUUUAAACUAUAUUUUACUUCAGGCGGUUUGCGCGUUGGUGAGUAAUGAUUGGCUGCUUCUGAAUAACGGAGAACUGAACGAUCCUAGAAGUCUGAAUGAAUCUUUGUACAAUAACACGUGGGACGACUUUCUCUCUAGAAUCCAGAACGAUGAACUCAAUUCCUUGAACAUCGUGCCUUGUGAUUCUAUCGGUUCUAAACACUUUUGGCUUCCAGCCCGCUUCGGAUCUUUUGUAGAACACAAUAACAGACAUUUGAUCUACAGUUACAAUCAUAGCUGUAAGUAGAUAUCACUUCUUUUGAGCUUAACAUACUUUUUAUUUACUCUAAUAUAACUAUUGCAUUAUAACUACUUUAGUAUAGGAAAGAAGUAUUAAUGAUACUAUUGUUUAGCUCUCAUUGAUUGCAUUUCUCCGACUGUAGCCAACUACUUCUACGUUAUCAUAGCGUUAUGCUUUGUUGUAGUAACUACUUCUUCCUUCGCCGCGGUGCUACACUUUAUGGCACCACCGUUCGGAUUCUUUGUUUGGCUUAAAGUCAAUUCUACGUUAGAAAUAUGUAACUGUAAGUAUCUGUCAAUGAGUAAUAUUAUGUUACUGGUUGAAAACAUGAAAAGUUUUUACGACGAUAGUAGAGUUAAUGUAUUAGGCUUAAGCAUUGCAAUUUCAGGUUUUAUUGCAAUAAUGACCCUGCUCGCCUGCUUCCUCAGUCGUGCAGAAGUCCAGAAUCUUCGCCCGGAAGCGUUCAUCACCUUCGGAUUCGGCUUCCUUCUGAUGGUCUCGACCUUCUUCUUAUCACUGAUCUCAGCCUGUCAUGCUCAGAGAAAGCAAAUGAAGCUUCGGAAGACGAGGCGGGUCACCAAUCAGCGUCUCAUGUGCACUCGAACCCUCAGGUCAUGGCGAAAUGUCACUCAAAGGAGCGAAGAUACGAGGCCGAUCAUCAACUUUGAACGCUACCUUCUGGAGCCAGGCCUUCGAAGUCCUAGCGUGGCCACGAUCUCGACGACGGCCGACGGCGGUCAAGACUGUCACGAACUGGUCAGGGCCGAAGAUGCCGAACUGUGA